UUAGUAUUCAGGCUGAUAACAAGAAGGAAAUUAAGGGUAGAUGUUUACGUGGAAGUGGCCGUGCUGUAUAACGUAAUUAUUACACACUUGUUGGGUACGGAGCAAACACGUAUCGUGCUUCAGUUUGGGACAGCAAGUAGUCAGCUCUCUUGUGCCAAACCCUUUCAAGUUGCUGCUCUGCUGUGCGAUUUUCUUUGCCCCAAGGCUGAUAUUUUAAAGGGGCAACGAACCAUUUUCACUUUUGUUUGCACUACUUUUUCACACUACGGUAAACCAUGACUCUAUACGAUAACAGAGCAGAGAUUGCUGCAGCAGCUGGGUUUAUAACAAAAUUACUGAGGACAACUGGGUGUGUGGGCGAUUAUGAGUUGCGGCUGUUUAGCCAUGCUUUCCGGGAAGCCCUAUCAGAACACUAUUUGCACCACUGGUUUCCUGACAGACCGGACAAAGGAUCAGGCUACCGCUGCAUCCGCAUAAAUCACAAAAUGGACCCAAUCAUUAGCAAGGUGGCUAGCAGCAUUGGUUUGGACAGCCAACACUUACAUCGCCUUUUGCCAAGUGAACUGACUCUCUGGGUUGACCCAUAUGAAGUUUCAUACCGCAUUGGUGAGGAUGGCUCUAUCUGUGUGCUCUAUGAGGCAACGGCAACUCGUGUAAACACUUACCAGAUGCUGUCGUGCAAGAAAGAACUGUUUGGUCGCACAAGUCCUUCCAAAAACUAUAUGAUGACAGUUUCCAGUUAAACGUCUGCUUUUUCUUUUACUCUAAUUGCUUACUUUUGUAAGCUGGCAGCACAUUUUGACAAGAUUUUUAAAAAUUGAAGUAAUUUAUUUGUUCCAGGGUUCUAGCAUAGAGUUCUCACAAGUGUAAUUAUUCUUUAAUUCUUCAAGAGUGCCUUUUGAGUAAGUUGGCCUAGAGCCCCCCCCUGAUAAAGACUGUUGCCUUAAAUAUGACUUUGACCAAGACUGACAUAGAAAGGGUACUUUGUUAAUUUAUUUUGAAUAUGGUCUCUUCCCUUUUGGAAGGGCAAGCUUUACAUGUGUGUAUAUAACGAUUCUUACCAUUGGUGUAAAUUGCUGGAGGCAAGUUGUAAUGAGGUGAAUGUUACAGCAACCUAUACUUCCUGAGAGGGCUAAGUUAUCUAUAUUUAGCUAUGUACUUGGGUGUUGAGGGGGAACACACAGUUUUCUUAUGCUUGCUGCACUCUAGUCCAGAUUUACUUCAGAAGUUUAAAACCACUGCAUUUUGCACACUUUAGAAUGGUCGUGCAGUAAAGGCUUGCUUUAUAUUAGGCCAGUACUCGUCUCUGCAUUUGUAUCCAUUUGAGGGAUGGUAUUCAGUAUGACUAGAACAUGCAAAUGGCAUGGUUUGUUUGCAUUUUUUUACAGUCAUUACUCUUGCAAAAUUGGUGAAAAUGUGUAUUGGUGGUUCUUGCACUGGAAUACCAUGCUAGAAUUUUAGGUCUCCAAAAUGUUGCAAAGGUAACAAUUUCCCCCACCCUUUUUUUUCUGGAUGGUUAGCACUACUUCCAUUAGUGCUAGAACAAGUCUAGCAUUUACUACAGUUUACCUAGGAUAACCAUGCCAUGUUUGCUGCCCCUUGACUCUUGGAGGACUGGUCUAGCUUAGCACUUUAGCAAAAAAAUGAACCGAAGUUUGAAGCUGUUCUGCUUACCCCAAAGCACAAGCCUUUUCCCCACUUAGUAUUUUGGCUAUCAAUGGUGGAAACUUAAGGGGGUGAUUCUUGUGAGUUCUCACAGUGCAAUACUAAAGGGUUAUAUUGGAACACACAACCUGAUUUCAUUGGAUUAUUUUGUCGUUUAGAAAGAUGGAUUUGUCUCUUCAUAUUUUUAUCAAGCCAAUGCCUUCAUAGUUACUCUGCAGCCUGGUUUUAAAAUUGUUACUUGUGUAACUGGAAUUGUUUACAUAUCACUUUUUAACUGUUUACUGGGGUUAUAAUCUUGACACUUGGACCUAGCAGGUAUAUUCUCUGCAUUUAAAGUUUCUAUGGUGUAGUAAUGCAAGUAUACUUAACUGCCUGGUCUGGAAGGUCUGUUAAUAUUUUGGAACCCUGCAUGCAAAGCAGUGGUAGCUGUUCAUAAAAGUAUUGUGUUCAUGUUUACAAUAUUCCAGUGGGAAAACUUGACUGCCCAAUAAUGAAGAGCUCUUAAAACUGCCUGUUACCAAGAAAUAUGUCACUUCAAAGAAAAAGUUCCAGCCCAAUGUGCAAAGUAUUGUCCUUGCUUAGCUGUGGACCUGUGUAAUGCCCACCAAGAGGGUAGCCAGAAACUCCCUUUGUACUUGGAUUUAUUUUCCUUGUAUUUUGAUUUACAUUUUUCCAAAGAUUCUUUUUCGUAAUUAUUAGUUGCCUCAAUGGCUACUUUUUUUUUCUUUCCUCCUCUUCUUAAUAAAAGCAAGCUUUGUUUACAGAACAUUGUUUACAGAACAAUGUUGUAGACAUAAACACCAAUAUUUCUAAUAUUUAUUUGUUGAAUAGUAGUAUGGAAAGAAUGUUCAAAUGUACUUCAAUAUACAGUGUUCUUGACUACACUCUUGCUGCCACAGUAUUGGAAGUAUGCUUAGGACAUGUUGCUUUUGUGUAGUAUGUUCAUAACAGUAUUGUAAUUUUCUAAGAAGGUGAUUUAAAUUCUGCAGAAUAUCAAAGCACUUUUCGUCCAGGUUGCAGAGUGUUGUAUGCUUUAAUGGUAUCUGUGCAAUAUAGAAUUCUCCUCCAUAUCUGCACUGCUAACAAAUGUGAUGGUAAUUUUUGUAUUACUGCUGUCCAAUAUGAAAAUGGAGUAUGAAUCUCAGUCUUGAGACAUUAUUGCCUAAGACCUAAACUGUGAAUGGAUUUUUUUUUUAUUGGGGGGGGGGGGGUCAGUUCUCAAAACUUGACACGUUUAUGCUGGAAGGCUGUAGCACAAUUAACCUAAAUUUGACAUGCUGUACUGUUUGUUGCUCUGAGUAGAACUGCAGUGCAGUUCUGCUGGGAUGUCUGUUGCCAUCUCUAAGCUAUUGAAGUGUUUUUGUUAAUGUAUACUUUUUUAUAUACAUUGUAUAGUAAUGUCAAUAAAGUUGUACAGAUUUUUAAUUAUUUUUUAAAAAAAUAAAUGAGCUGAAGCAUAAAGUGACUUGUCUGUUUCUAUAAUUUAUAUAAGCUAUACCAUUGAAAUGAAGUGUCAAAUGGUGGUAAACUGUCCAUUUUGGGAAGGCUAUGCAUAGCGAGUGCAUCUUUAUUUUUAUCCAUGUACUGCAUAAAAUGUUAGAUGUGCAUAUGUUAAGGCAUGUGGUCCUUUGCAAGUGACUCCACACUAAGGAAUGUACUUAACAAAAAGGAACUGCACCUUUUAUGAUUUUAAGUCUUGCUGUGACUAAACUAUUUCUAAGGAGCAUCUUGUGGUCCAGUUGUCCACCAAGCCAUUUCUUUCAGUAUAUAGAAGCAUGUGUGUUUUUCCUGCAGCAUUUGUAAGUUGUGGAUGCCUGCAGAGUCCGUCGAGAGUUUGCAGCAUGUUUCAUUCAGUAAAGUGAGCACUUUGAAAAAGCCAUACUGAUCCUCUCUGUAUCGUUAUGCCUCUUGUGCCUCCCUAGCUCCAAUAAUGGGUCUGACCAAGUCCAGAGAACAGAGGCAUUAGAGGUAGAUGGCCAGAUGGGUGCAAAGACUGAUUCUAUAUUCUUGAACAAAAUCUCAGCAUUUACUUGAAGUAGAAUUCAGACUAAUUGGAAGAUGGUGCUAAAUUUCCCUUUAUGUAUUUGGACAAGUGUUUCAAAAAGUACAUAACAGCUGUGUGCAAAGUUUGUGUAUUAAGAGUUGAUGUCUAGCAAAAUAUGAGUAAAUGGGAUCUAUUUACA